CCUGAAGAGAAGAAACCGAAACAGAAUCAAGAAGAAGAGAGAGUGGACAGUGGGAGAGAGAGGUUAAAGAAACACCGGAAAGAGAUCGCCGGUAGGGUUUGGAUACCGGAGAUAUGGGGACAAGAAGAGCUUCUUAAGGAUUGGAUCGACUGUUCAACGUUCGACACGUGUCUAGUCCCUGCUGGAAUCUCGUCUGCACGUGCUGCUCUUGUAGAGGAAGCUAGGCGAGCUGCUACAGCUUCUCGUGGGUUACAACGAUUAGACAGUCGUUGCUUGAUCUUACGCUGAAUCUUAUAUAUAUAUAUACAUAUAUAUAUAUAUUAAAGUAUAUACCUAAAUGAGGUUCUUGUACUUCAAUAAUAAGACACUAUUGAUAUAUUGUUGAUCUAGACUUUUUACUCAUAAUUAUAAUUUUAGAGAACAUUGCAAAUUGCUUUUGAGUGGUAUAUCAUUGAUCUAUACAUUUUACUCAUAAUGAUAAUAUUA